UAUUCAAUUUUUCAUUCAAUUCAGUUGGUUUAGAUUUUUUUUGACGUGACGGUGCAUGCAGGAAUUAUAACAGUGGAAUGGAAUUAGCCUUUUGAUUGUCUCUUUAUUAUUUUUCUAUAUAAUAUUUAAUUUACAUCGUGCUUAUAACAUCUCGAUUAAAUCACAAAUAAAAUAAUUCAACGUGAACCCCAAACCGGCAUUCAAAUAUCAAUCUCUUAAAUGACCCAGUGAAUUUUUGAUUUUGCAGUGAAAAAAUAUAAAUUUAUAUUUUUUUCCUCUCAUCAUAUUCAAAAAACCAAAAACCAAAAACCUUCUAUCGAAUCAAAGAACGACGAAGAAGAAAACGCAAAGGGUAAAAAUCCAAUCUGAAAGUGCGUGUGUAAGAAAGAGAUAGAGUACAGUUAAGGCUAUAAGAAAAUAAUAAGAAAUAAAGUUAUUAAUUGCGAGAGUCGAAAUUUCUUUAAAAAAUUUUAUUUCAUUGUACCUAACUCUUCUCCUAUCUAUCUAAAUUAUUUUGUUUAAGAAUUAAUUUGUUAUAAUUGAUUCAUUGUUGAUUAAAUUGAAGUGUUAAUAAAAGUUACUACACUAAGUAUAGUGUGUGUUUGGAAUUAAAAAAAAAAAUCAUGUUGAUCUCAUGUAAAUGUUUAAACUUUGUUGCUAACACUUCUGCGAGCAGAAGUAAUAGCGUUCAUCAAUUCGAUAAGAACAAUCAAUUGAAUUUGAUUAACAAUAGGCAGCGGGAUCGGGAUGCUGCGGCUUCAGCUGCUGCUCAUGUUGACAGGGACAGCAACGGCAGCAGCAAUACCGGCAAUGCCAGCAGCGGUAGCGGUAGCGGCAGGCCUGCUAGUGACGAGAAUCGGUGUAAUGACGCGUUGACCGCCGAAUUGGUUAAUGCUUUCCUACAAAAAUAUCCUAGGAAUUGCGUCUUUUAUUCCCAGUGUAUGGAAUUGUUAAAGCAGGCCAUAGGACCGGUUUCGGAACUCUCAGUAACCAUCCAUCAACGUGACCUAAUUUGCAUGUUACCGUGCAACUCGUGGAUUCUUAAUAUUUGCAUCAAUUGCAAUACAGCUAUAUGUGCUAAGCAUACCUCAGACGCAAUUUAUCUGCUCAAUUCCAAUCUAUUAAUGAGCCACGACGAGCUGGUACAGCGCAAGGUAGAUAAGUCAUUUUCUGAAACCUUUGGUAUUCUUAUAAUGAAUCACCAACAAAUUCAACAACACGUCGACGAUAAUCCCUUUCACAUAAGAAGCAAUAAGGCCAAUAAUCGACUAAGAUCUCUAACACAGAAUUUACAAUCGAGGCUACAAAAGGAAAUCGCCGAUACGGACGAACGUAUACAUCGAUAUACGGAACAGCAAUUUGCUCUUUUAAAGAGCUUUCGUGAAAAGUCUGAACAAGAAUAUCAAAUAUUAGUUAGUCUAGUUAACCAAGUACCUGAACAAUUGAUCGAUGCCAUGGGAACUGGUGCAAACAGUGUCCCAACCACGCCCACCAUUACCACCCCCACUAAAAUCGAAAUCGCAAGAAGUGGGGUAGCAACAUCUAAUAAUAAUAAUAAUAAUUCUUCGUUAAGUGCCAUGGACAGUAAUACUCAGGCAUCGUCUGCACAGAGUGUUUUUUCGUUCAACAAUAAAAAGGUUACAAGCUUCGAUACACCACCAGCGACACCCGAAAGCACCCCGAUGAGUGUCGGAAAUAGUCCAACAUUCAACAGGCAACAACAAACUUCCAUUGGUCUAAGCAGUAUUGUUGGUGGUCAUCGUUCUUCCAUUGGAAAUGGAAUGUUUUAUAUAAAUUCAUCAAGCUCGAUUGCCAGCGGUGCUGCUGGUAUGGAUGCAGAUGGUGAUUGUUUGUUUGAAUUGGAAGGAGUAGAGAGCUAUUCGAUGGCACCAAGAUCUUCCAUUACUCAAAAUAUGUCAGAUGUCGAAGAGAGUGCUGAAGAUGCUGAAGAUGCGUUGGCUGAAUUAGAAGCUUCCAUUCCGAUACCAGGAAGUCAUGCUAAAAAGCAAAAUAUGAGGGACUUUGCUAGAAGUCUUCCUAUAGCCAUAGCAAAUUCUGUAAACGAAGGAACUCUAAUUGCUGAUUCAGACGACGAUAUUCUCGAAGAUAAUGUUGACAUUGCAGCUAGCAUCAAGGCUCUUGCUAAAAGUGUUCAUGGAGAUGCAGUUUUUGGUGAUCUACCCCGACCACGAUUGAAGUCACAAAUAUAAAAUUGAAUUAUAUAUUUUUUGACAACCAUUUUUUUUUUUUGCUAAAGAGAUGUACCACUUUUAUUUUAUAUUUUUUUAUUUUACUAAAUUUUGACUGUAUGUGCAAACUAAGGAAUUAUAUAAAGAACUGUUAAACUUUUAUUAUUUUUUUUUCAUCUAAAUUUAAAAAUAAAAAUUAUAACGCGCUGAGAAAUUAAAAAUCAAAAGAAUAACGAGUGCCUGCAGCUUUGAAAAAAAAAAUAUUAAGGCUUAUUUCAGAGUACUUUUUAUUAAUUUCGGAUUAGUUACCUGAACCUGACCAACUGGUGGAUAGUGAAUUCACAUUAAAUAGGUCGGUGAACGUAUAACUAUGUCCAAAAAAGUAUUCUAAGCUUAACUCAGACAUUGUGAUAGCCGUUAAAGCUAAUUGAAAAUAAAAACUAAGUAGGAAAAAUGUAAUUUCUGAAAACUCCCUCGAACUCAGCGCGUUAAAAAAAUACAAGACAACCUUAUAAUAAAAUCAAUUGAUAAAAUAUAAUACAAAAAGCAUAAAUAACUUCAAUAUUUGUUGUUUUGAAUUUUACAUUCUUAUGUCUUUCUUUUUUUGCACAAAUUUAUUAAAUUUUGAAAAUGAUAAUAAGCAAAUAAACAUUAAAUCAUGUUAAAAACUAAGCUAUUCAUAAGUAAAAAUACAUACUACAUACAUAUAUUAUAUAUAUCAUUGUACUAAUUUGUUGUUUUUCUUCUUGUAUGGAAUUUGUUUACUACAUAUGGACAUUUUAUACAGAAGUGUAUUUUUUUAUAAUGCAAACAAGAUACAAAAAAACGGAUUUGAAAAUAAGCUUGAAAUUGGUAUUUUUUAAGAGAGAAGUUUUAUGAUAAUAAAUUGAACACAUAUUUUGAUGGGACGUUUUGAAUAUAAACUUUGCUUAUAUUCGUUGUCCUUGAUGGUAAGUUAGUAAUACAAAAUAUUGUUAAACUUCAACAGGCUAAUACAUAUUAAAAGCCAGUUAAUGUCUUUUUUGUCCAAUAACAUAAUCUUCUUGACGAAGAAAAUUCUUAUAAUAUGAUGUAAUAUUAUUCGGCCAUAAAAAGUUCAUAAAUAUAAAUUUUUAUUGAUGUUUGUUGAUGAUCAAACAUGCAUACAUAAAUUAAUUUCUAUGUAUGCAUAAUUGAUUUAAACAAAUGUCUUUUGAAACACUGCAAAAAAUAAUUCUGCUUUAUUUGUAAAAACUCAAUUAACGACUCUUUAGCUUUUCUAAUGAGUAUAGACGGAUUUUAACAACAUGGGGUGAAAAUAAUGAAAUUCUUUUGAUUUAUAAAGAAAAAAAGGUACAUACAUACAUAAGAUUUAUUUAAAUCUUGUUGUUGAUUGUUAAAAGGUUUUAUUUUACCUCAUAGUUAUUUCAAAUACAUUACAUAGAACGAAAAUAGAAUAAGAAGUAAAUGCGAAUGAAAGUUUAAUUUGCUUUUAAUUGUUUUAAAUUACCCUACAGAUUGCAAUAUGAACAGAAAUAUAUAAUCAAACUUAAAAUGCUUAGAUUUAAUAAUAAGAACACAAAAUAGUAUAUUAAACAUUUACCUUAAUGUUACACAAAUUAAGAAAAAUGUAUUAAGAUAACACCAAUAAGACAUACAUAUGAAAUAUCCUGAUUUAAUAUCCACUAUUAACGAAGAAAAAUAAAAUAUAAACAACACAGAAAUUCAGGAUAAUUUUGAAAUAUUAUUAAAAAAAAUAAACUACAAAACAUUGUACUAAGAGAAAAAGAAAAGUUGAAGUAAGAUUUUUUAUAUAUAAAAUUAUAUUAUUAUGAAUUAUACAAGCAGAGCAUAGUUUACAAAAUAAAAAUAUUGUUUAUGCGAUUUAUGAGACGAAGUUACUUACAUAAAUAAAAGUAUGAAUUUUUUUUGCAAAUUUA